UCCCUCUGUCUCAACGCUUCCCAGAUUUGCCUCUCAAGUCCAGUUGAGCAGUCUGCAACUCCAAGUGCGCACGUUAAGCCCCUUCUCCAGCUUAUCCUUCGCACCCCUCCCCCAUCUCAAACAUCUCAAAUCCAUCUCCUUCUACAUUGAUGCCCAGAUACUCUCUGUCAAUUCAAGCAUCAAUAAUGGCAAAUCGGCAGCUGAUUUGCAGUUUUCUUGGCAUCAGUCGUUAGUUUCUCGCAAUUCUACGGUUUGAUCUCUCUUUUCUACUGUUUUGAGAUGGAAAGAUUGAAUAAAUUUCUGACUUUUUGUCAGUGCAGUUCCCCUUUUUAAUCAACCAGAAGCUGCAAAUUGUGGUUUUCUGGAUUGAAUCUAGGGCUUGAUCAUUGGUUUCUACUGUCUCUGUAGUCGAGGAAAUGAAGGAAUUAGUGAUUUCUUGGUUUAUGUAGUUUUACAAAAGCAAGCUCUAAACGGAUUCUUUUUGUGAGAUUUCAUACCAUUGGAUUUGGGUUUCUUUGUUGUUUGAUCUUUGUACGUGUUUUUUUCAAGGAUUUAUGUUGAUUCGGAAUGUGAUUUUGGUGAAAUUUUGGCAUAAAAGAUUCAAAUUUUGUUGGUUGGGAUUUUGAGAUAUUAGAGUGGAAGGGGUUAUGGAAGAAAACAUUAAUAGAAAAGAUAUUCAAGUAAAUGCAGUGAGACAGUCAUCUUUACGUCCAAGCGGCAGCUUGAAGUCAACUUUGUCGGGGCGAUCAACUCCAAGGAGCUCACCCUCGUUCCGGAGGCUGAACUCCAGUCGAACUCCUCGGAGAGAAGGUAGAACCAAUGCUGGCAGUUUCCAGUGGAUCCGUGGGAAUCGCUUGGUGUAUUGGUUGCUUCUGAUUACCCUCUGGACUUAUCUUGGAUUCUAUGUUCAGUCCAAAUGGGCACACAGUGAUAAAGAAGAGUUCAUUGGUUAUGAAAGUAAAAGGGGUAUCAGUAUUUCUGGGGUUCACCAAAAUCGGUCACCGGAUGUAGUUACUGGUGCAGAUCUUUUGUCGGCCAAAAAUGCUUCUAGUGAAGAUCCAGCACAAGAAAGAAAAAAAGCUUCAAGUUUGAAGAAUGUAACUGUCAGUUUGGUAAGAAAACGGAAACAGGUGUCAGUUCGCAGGAAUGUAGCUGUUAGAAAGAGUAGAAGAUCGACAUCAGAGCGUAGUGUGCGUAGUAACAAAGGUGUGAAACAAAAGGACGUAGUGGAUGGUCAAACCCCUGACUUGGAGGAGGAUAUUCCUAGAAAAAAUACUUCCUUUGGUUUGAUCGUUGGUCCAUUUGGUAAGACAGAGGAUAGCAUUUUGGGAUGGAGUGCUGAGAAGCGAUCGGGUACCUGCGACAGGAAGGGGGAAUUUGCCCGCAUAGUUUGGUCUAGAAAAUUUGUGCUGAUACUUCAUGAGCUGUCAAUGACAGGAGCACCACUUUCAAUGAUGGAAUUAGCGACAGAGCUUCUGAGCUGUGGGGGCACAGUGUCUGCGGUGGUUCUUAGCAAGAAGGGUGGGUUGAUGGGAGAGCUUACUCGGCGAGGGAUCAGAGUGCUGAAGGACAAGGCAGAACUCAGCUACAAGACAGCCAUGAAAGCGGAUCUUGUAAUUGCAGGAUCUGCUGUCUGCUCAUCAUGGAUUGAACAAUAUCUUGCACAUUUCACAGCCGGAUCGAAUCAGAUUGUUUGGUGGAUCAUGGAGAACCGAAGGGAAUACUUUGAUCGAUCAAAGCAGAUGCUUAACCGAGUGAAGAUGUUGGUAUUCCUUUCUGACUCACAGUCAAAGCAGUGGCUGACCUGGUGUCAGGAAGAACACAUUCAGUUGAAUUUCCAACCUAUGCUGGUUCCUCUCUCUGUCAAUGAUGAACUUGCCUUUGUAGCAGGCAUUCCUUGUUCCCUAAAUACUCCAUCAUUCACUGUUGAGAAGAUGCAGGAGAAGAGAAGUUUCUUGCGAGAUGCAGUUCGAAAUGAGAUGGGACUUACAGAUAGAGAUAUGCUUGUGAUGUCUCUCAGUAGCAUCAACCCCGGGAAGGGCCAGAGGUUGCUUCUUGAAUCAGCUCUCUUGGCGAUCGAUCAAAACUCUCUGGAGAAUUCGACAAACAAAGUUUUGAGGGGAGAGGGAAAUAUUUCAGGUACCACGGAUGGCAGGCAGCAUUCAAGGGCUUUGUUUCAAAAUGUUAAACAAUAUGGUGAUCUGGGAAAUGAGUUGGACCAAAUUAAUGGGUCUGGUGUUACUUCAAAAAAAUCUAAAAGAAAAUUUCCAAGGUUAGGUGAUCUCCUUUCAGCAACUAGUUACCCAAACAUUGUCAACCGCACAAGUGAUAGUACAAUAAGGAAAAUGUUAUCCAACAGUGAGGAAAGACAGGGUCAGAAUCUUAAAGUUUUAAUUGGUUCGAUUGGUUCAAAGAGUAAUAAAGUGCUCUAUGUCAAAGGACUUCUGAGGUUUUUAUCUCAACAUUCAGAACUGUCAAAGCUAGUAUUGUGGACCCCAGCUACUACACGUGUUGCUUCACUCUAUGCUGCAGCAGAUGUUUAUGUAAUAAAUGCUCAGGGACUUGGGGAAACAUUUGGGAGGGUCACCAUUGAAGCAAUGGCAUUUGGCCUACCGGUUCUGGGAACAGAUGCAGGAGGCACGCAGGAGAUUGUUGAGCACAAUGUAACAGGUCUUCUUCAUCCUCUCGGGCAUGAAGGAACUCAAAUCCUCUCCCAGAACCUCCGCUUUUUGCUAAGCAACCCAUUGGCAAGGGAGAAGAUGGGAUCAAAAGGAAGGAGUAAAGUAGAGAAGAUGUAUUUGAAGCAUCACAUGUACAAGAGAUUUGCAAGAGUACUCUACAAGUGCAUGAGAAUCAAAUAGAGCUGUGUUAGUUGUGUGGAGCUGUUUGCACUCCCUUUUUCCGUGACGUGAACAUACUGAGUUCUCCAUACAGAACUGCUUCCGUGGCUAUGGUUAUUGAUGGAUGAUAUCCAAGUGGUUCUGUUAUCAGAAAAUGAAGCUUUUCCGAUCGAUUGAGAUGCUCUCUUUCAAUCCAGGUUUGGAUUCCGGUUCAUAUAUUUGAAUUUCUUAGGAAGCAAAAGAAGCCGUCCAACACUUAUAGAUUGCUGCCAUUGCGGCCUCUUGGAAUAACAAGCCUAUCUUUGAAAUGGUGAA